CUCUGAAACCACGGAGGCGUUAGAGAAGACCAGAGAGAAGAGACCUGAAAGGUGAUCUUCCUCUGCAUCUGUCUCUCUCCCUCUCUUUCUCUCUCCCUCUCUUUCUCUCUCUAGAAACACUCAAGUUUUUAGAUUUGAGAGAGAGAGAGAGAUAGGAAGUACUUCUCACCAAAGCUGCACUGAAUUUGGCAAAAAAUAUAUAUAAAAAAAAAAUCCCUUUCCUACUUGCUGGAUAAUCCAUUGCUUCUACUUCACUCCCUCUAAGUUUUGCAGAAAACCCUCUCUCUCUCUCUCUCUCUCUCUGUUAAGAUCUCCAAUCUUUCCUGGUUUCCUAAAGAGUCAAGAAAAACCCUUUUCUCUGCACUCGGUCUUCCUCUGCUUUUUCGACAAUCCCACCUUUAAUUCAGCUAAAAAAAAAUCACAAAUCAUUCAAUUUAGCAAAAAUAAGGGAAUCUGAACAUAACCCAGUUGCAGAUUUUCCCGGAAAAUGGAGAACAUUUCCGGGAAAAAGCGACCCACAAUCAGUCUCUCACUUUUUACUACUUUUUCCGAGUCAAUUUCCUCUGACAAGUGCCCCAAUUCAAUCAAAUCCCCCCGAAAUUUCCAAGAGGGGGUUGUUGGGCUUGGAAUAGUGGCUGCCAUGACUGAUUUGGGCAAACCCAAUGAAGUGGCUUUGUCUGACAAGUCGCCUAGGUCGAGCCCAAUCCCCAUAGUCUCUGCAGCUAAGCCUGCAGCUAAUUUCAGAGGUGGAUUUUGUGUGGAGAGGGCAGGGGCUGUGGUGGAUGAAUUGUCCGAGAGCUAUACAUGUGUGAUUUCGCAUUUCGGAAACAAUUUGACAUCGAAAAAGGUUUAUUUCGAUGAUGAGCCGAGUGGGGUUGUGGAUGAUCCUAAUGCUGGCGUGGUGGUGGCCUCUGGGGUGUUCUAUGUUUCUCCACUGAGUGUUGGUGAAGUGGGAAGAGAGUUUUGGGCCUCGGAUUUUCUCAGUAGUUGUUAUCUUUGCAAGAAGCAGCUUCAUGGGCUGGACAUUUUCAUGUACAGGGGUGAGAAAGCAUUUUGCAGCGCCGAGUGCCGUGACAAGCACAUUCGAAGCGAUGAUCAUAAAGAGAAGUGCAGAUCCGAAGCAUUGAAAUCGCUUGAGUACUCGGUGUCUCCCUGCUCCGGUCCGCUCGUCUUCUUAUCCGGGGUUGCUGUGGCAUGAAAGUACCAAUACCUAUGUAGUAAAUAAUACAAGAAGGGAUGGGAAAGAUGAUACGAAUAAAUUGGGACAAGGUUCAAGCAGGCACUCUAUACAGUCUACAAUUCAAUUUGCAAGAAUUUUUUUACAAUUCAAUUUGCAAGAAAGGAUUGGACAAGUUGUAUUGAGAAAUUGGGAAAUCAUAUAACCUGAGGGGGAGAUUUUUACCAACUUUGAAGAUGGGGGAUUUGGAGUUAAGUCUGUCAUGCAUUGAGUCAGUUAUAAUAAUUAUGUUUCAAACUCGCUAUCCUUGAAACUUCUUAUCUAGAAAUGGAGAAGAUCGUCAUUAGACCGUAGUGUUAA